UAACAGGCUCUGGACGUUUAUGCUCAGAAAAAAUAAAAUCAAAAAAGAAAUCUGCCCAUCAGCUGUUGAUGAUUUCCGGUUCCGGUUCCUCUUGCCGCAUCUACAGAGCCAAGUAUCCAGGAAGGAGGAAAGAUGGCGGCGGCCGAGCCUGACACAGAUCAACUGUCUUCUCCGGGUUCGGAGUUCCUGAAUUUCUCCGCCAAAGACACCGCGUCGCGCUGGCUGGCGGCGGCUGACCUGCAGCAGGAAGUUUACCGUCACCUAGCAGCGUACGUUCCCAGAAUCCUUUGCCUUGGUCCGAGCAGCAGUGGCGGCAGCAGCAGGGAGGGGCAGAGGGAGGAGCAGAGGGAGGAGCAGAGGGAGGAGCUGGCCUAUCAGCUGCUCCUCCUGGCUCCUCUGGAGUGGCUCCUGCUGAGGGAGGAGCCUGCAGCCGGCCUGGCUCAGCUGCAGGAGAACAACCGUCCGUCACCGCUGUGUGGCCACGUGUUCAAGGUUGGCGAGCCCACGUACUCCUGCAGGGAGUGUGCAGCUGAUCCAACAUGUGUUCUGUGCAUGCAGUGUUUCCUGGGCAGUGUUCACAAAGAGCAUCGCUACAGGAUGACUACAUCAGGAGGUGGAGGUUUCUGUGACUGUGGAGAUGCUGAAGCCUGGAAGAGAGGUCCUUACUGCCAGAAACACACACCUACAGACAGACACACUGAGGAGGACCCUGUAGCUCAGCUCCCAGCUGACAUGGUUGCCCGUGGUUACAGCAUCUUCUCCAUCAUCUUGAAGUACGCUGUUGACCUGCUUACCUGUGACCAGGAGGAGCAGCUCCCUGCAGGACUGGAGCCACCGGAGAGAGGAGACACCUACUACUGCAUGUUGUUUAAUGAUGAAGUCCACACGUAUGAGCAGGUGAUCUACACUCUGCAGAAAGCCGUCAACUGCAGCCAGAAGGAGGCUGUGAGCUUCGCCACCAUGGUGGACAGAGACGGCAGGAAGUCGGUUCGAUAUGGAGACUUUCAGUUCUGUGACCAGGCCAAGUCUGUCAUAGUGAGGAACACCAGUCGUCAGUCGAAGCCCCUCAGGGUUCAGGUGAUGCACUCAUCUGUCGUGGCCCAUCAGUGUUUCGCUCUGAAGGCCUUGAGCUGGAUGGGACAGAUCAUUCAGUACUCUGAUGGUCUGAGGAGGAUCCUGUGUCAGGUGGGUCUGCAGAACGGUCCUGAAGGAGAGAACUCCUCGCUGGUCGACCGGCUGAUGCUCAACGACUCCAAGAUGUGGAAAGGAGCGAGGAACAUCUACCACCAGCUGCUGAUGAACAGCCUCCUCAUGGACCUCAAGUACAAGAAGAUAUUUGCCAUCCAGUUCGCCAAGAACUACAGACGCCUCCAGACGGACUUCAUGGAGGACGACCACGAGCGAGUGGUGUCAGUGACCUCGCUGUCUGUUCAGCUCUUCACUGUCCCGACCAUGGCCCGGAUGUUGAUGGUGGAGCAAAACCUGAUGACAACCAUCAUCAGGACGUUUGUGGAUCACCUCCGUCACAGAGACCUUCAGGGACGCUUCCAGUUCGACCGCUACACGGCGCAGCAGGCGUUCAAGUUCGGACGAGUCCAGAGCCUCAUCGGAGACCUGAAGUACGUUCUGAUCACUCGUCCCUCUGAAUGGACCAAUCAGCUCAGACUGAAGUUUCUAGAAGGUCUGGAUGCUUUUCUGGAUCUGCUCAAGUGUAUGCAGGGUAUGGACCCGGUGGUGAGACAGGUGGGGCAGCACAUCGAGAUGGAGCCUGAGUGGGAGGCAGCAUUCACACUUCAGAUGAAACUGACUCACAUCAUUUCCAUGAUCCAGGAGUGGUGCUCCACUGACGAGCACGUGCUGAUCGACGCCUACAGGAAGUGUCUGAGCGCGCUCAGUCAGUGUCACUGCGGCCUCCCGGACGGUGAACAGCCAAUCAGCUUGAGUCUGGCCGGACACACAGUGGAUACGUUCAGGUACCAGGUGUCUCAGGACAAGGUGUCGAUACACCUGCCUGUCUGCAGGCUGCUGGCAGGUCUCCACGUCCUCCUCAGCAGGACAGAAUUGUCGUCUCGUGUCCCGGAGCAGCUUCCUCUGGGGGAACUCAGCCCCCCCCUCCUCAUCGAACUCCCCCUCCGCUGCCUGGUGCUCUGUGCCCAGGUGCAUGCUGGGAUGUGGAGGAGGAACGGCUUCUCCCUGAUCAACCAGAUCUAUUAUUACCACAACGUGAAGUGCAGAGUGGAGAUGUUCGACAAAGACAUCAUCAUGCUGCAGGCGGGGGCGUCCAUGAUGGAUCCAAACCACUUCCUGAUGAUCGUUCUGAGUCGGUUCGAACUGUUCAACAUUUUCAACUCCGCAGACGUCAGGAAGAGAUACAGAGAGGCCAACAAGGAUGUGGUCCAGCAGAACAACACUCUGAUUGAGGAGAUGCUUCACCUCAUCAUUAUGGUUGUCGGUGAGCGCUACGUGGCAGGUGUCGGACAAGUGGAGCCCUUCGACGAGGUCAGGAGAGAAAUCAUCCAUCAGCUGUCGAUCAGACCGAUGGCUCACAGUGAACUGGUGAAGGCUCUGCCCGAGAACGGGAAUAAGGAGACCGGUCUGGAGGGAGUCAUCGACAUCGUAGCUUCAUUCAAGAAGCCUGGAGUGACAGGUCGAGGUUUGUAUGAACUUCGUCCUGAGUGGAACAAAAACUUCAAUCUGUACUUUCAUCACUACAGCAGAGCUGAUCAGUCCAAGGCUGAGGAGGCUCAGAGGAAGCUGAGGAGACAGAAAGGAGAGGACACAGCUCUCCCCCCUCCCCUCCCUCCCCCUCUAUGUCCCCUCUUUGGGAGUCUGGUGAACCUGUUGCAGUGUGACGUGUUGCUGUCAGUAGAGGGCGCUGUGCUGCAGUGGGCUGUGGAGUCCAGUGGAGGGGGCUGGACUGAGUCCAUGCUUCAGAGGGUGCUCCAUCUGGUCGCCAUGUCUCUUCUGGAGGAGCAGCAGCAACUGGAGAACAACAGAGACGAUGACGUCACCUUUAACUACACCUACAAGAUCACUCGUGAAGCUCCCAGUCCUUCAGGAAGUGUCCUGGCCUUGUUGGAGACUCUGCAGAAGGCUCCUCAACUGGAGGUUCACAAAGACAUGAUCACUUGGAUCAUCAAGAUGGUGGCAAACAUUAAAACAAUGAGAGAACAAACAGCGUCCACGUCCACCGUCAGUGUCUGUCCAGGACACGGAGCAGAGGAGACGGUGAGAGACAGAGACAAGGCGGAGAGGAAGAGGAAGGCGGAGAUGGCUCGUCUCCGCAGGGAGAAGAUCAUGGCUCAGAUGUCUGAGAUGCAGAAACAUUUCAUCAACGAGAACAAAGAACUUUUCCAACAAAGUCUUGAGGAGCUGGAGGCAUCAACAUCUGCUGCUGCAGAGACCAGUGCCACCGGUUUGGGGCCGACCUGUGUGACGCAGGUGUGUGUUGGUCCCAGGAGAGUGGGCCGAGCUGAGCACCGUCAGCUGGUGACUUGUAUCCUGUGUCAGGAAGAGCAGGAGGUCAGAGGUCACAGCAGAGCCAUGGUGCUGGCUGCGUUUGUCCAGAGGUCGACUGUGUUGUCCAAAAACCGCCGCCACAUUGUGCCUGACCCAGAGCGGCAGGAGCCUCUGUUCAUGCACCCUGACCUUUCUCUGGGGAUCCACACAGCCAGCUGUGGACACAUCAUGCACGCCAUCUGCUGGCAGAGGUACUUUGAAGCCGUGCAGUUGAAGGAGCAGAGACGUCAGCAGCGUCUUCGAGGUCACACCAGCUACGACGUGGAGAACGGAGAGUUUCUGUGUCCGCUCUGCGAAUGUCUGAGCAACACAGUGAUCCCUCUAUUGCCACACUCACCUGACCACAGGUGUACACACUCUCUCUCUCUCCCUGUCAGUGUCAAUCAUCCCACUCUGGAGGCGUGGCUUAACACAACCAAUCAGCAGAUAGCAACACUACACUCCGCCCACAGGAAGCAGUCUGACGGAACUGCAGAGGAGGCGGAGCCUGCAGGGGAGGCAGAGCCUGCAGCUCCUGAAGGAUUCAGAGUCGACUUCACUCCACAGAGCCCGUUCUCCAGCAGCAUCAGAGAGAUGAUCACGACCUUCAGCGUGUCCACCUACAAGGUCGGACUGAAGCUGAAUCCCAACGAGCAAGAUCCUCGCGUUCCAGUGCUGAGUUGGUCCACCUGCGCCUACACCAUUCAGAGUAUAGAACGCCUCCUGAUGGAAGAGGAGAAGCCGUUGUUUGGGAGUUUACCUUGCCGACAGGACGACUGUCUCAGUUCUCUCACCAGGUUCAGUUCAGCGUGUUGGACAGUCGCUCCGCUGAAAACUGUUCACACACACUUCAUCAGACUGUUCACAGCCCUGUUUCCAGACUCUCAGGUGGAGAACACUCCAUGUAUCCUCGACACUGACAUGUUUCACCUGCUUGUUUACAGUGUGUUGUCCUACAGUUCAGUUCAAAGUCUGGACCAAUCAGGUUGCAGCGUGGUCGACUCAGCUCAUCUUCACCUCCUUCACCUGGUCACUGUGGCUCACCUGGUUCAGAUCCUGCUCACCUCCACCACAGAGGAGGUGUGUAUGGAUCAGGACAGUGAAGGAUCAGAGGAGGAGAUACUCACCUGUCAACUCUACAACACACUGAGAAAACACCUGGGCAGUGUGUUACCUCAAGUGUCCUCUGGGUGGCAGUUGUGGCGUUGUGUCAAAGCUGGCAUCUUGCCGUUUCUCCGAGCCACCGCCCUCUUCUUCCACUACCUGAACUCUACAGCGCCGCCUGCUGACCUGCUGGUUGCAGGUCCUGGUCAUUGGGAGGCGUUGUGCAGCUUCCUCAGUUUGCCCUCCAACCUGCUGCAGGUCCACCAAAACCAACACACACUGCUGGAGCCGCUCAUAUACAGGUGGUGUUGUCAUCCAGGUGUGAGACAGACGCUGCAGGGGGGCGGAGUCAUCGUCAGGUUUCCCCGAGAGUCAAACAGACUCAUUGAGCUGCCAGAAGAUUACAGCGUCCUGAUCAACCAGGCGUCCAGCUUCACGUGUCCUCGCUCAGGUGGAGAUAAGUCCAGAGCUCCCACUCUUUGUCUGGUCUGCGGCUCCAUGUUGUGUUCUCAGAGUUACUGUUGUCAGACAGAGGUCGAGGGCGAAGACGUCGGUGCCUGCACCGCCCACACCUUCACCUGCGGAGCCGGGGUCGGACUGUUCCUCAGGGUCAGAGAGAGUCAGGUUUUGUUUGUUGCAGGUAAAACUAAAGGUAGUUUUUAUCCUCCUCCGUAUCUGGACGACUACGGAGAAACUGACCAGGGUCUCAAGCGGGGGAACCCCCUCCAUCUCUGUCAGGAACGUUACAGGAAGAUCGAGCGUCUGUGGCGGCAACACGGCAUUGCCGAGGUCAUAGGUCAUGCUCAGGAGGCCAAUCAGACGCUGGUCGCCAUCGACUGGCAGCACCUGUGAUGUUUGUCAUGGCUCCACCCCUUCGCGCUCUCAAAGACAACCAGUGAUUUGUUUUCAGCAUAGUCCCCGCGCCUUUUUGUCCUCACAACCAGUCAGCCUCCUGCAGCCCAGAACUGAGCUCAGAUCAGCUUUGACCUUUGAUCUUGUCCAUGUCUCAGUCCACCAAUCAGAGAGCGGCAGUGACACUGACGAUGUUUGAUUCAUCUUCUAGCUUUUUUCUUCUACUUCCUGUCCACAGUGAAGCCCCGCCCAGCCACACAGGUUGAUUGUCAGCUCAGGUUGUGGUUUCUCUUUGCAUCAUGGGAAAUAGUCACCGCCCACUUUUCUGAUUGGUUCUGAUGUUUAAACAGGUGUGUUGCUUCAAAAACUCCAAUGGUGCAUUUCACUAGCAAUCUACCAAUCACAGUUCAGCAGCCGAGGACCAUGGGUAGAGAAGUAGAUUAUUCAAUUAGUUAAUUGAUCAAAUUUUUGGCAACUAUUUUGAUAAUUGAUGAGUCACUACGUGGAAAUCACCUGACAGUGAACGCAACAUAAACACGUGACGCUCACGUUAAAGACCGAGUUUGAACGCAGCAUUGACGCCACACAUUCCCGCCAGAUUCUGCUUGAAACACAAAGUGAUGUUUAAAACGAGAUGACAUCACUCUGGUGUGACAUCAUCAUUAGCAAAGUAGCUGCUGAUUGAUCAACUCAUGAUGUGCGGUUGAUUGUUUUAGGUUCCAUGAAAACAGAUUCCCAGAAUUUCAGACCCACCUUUGGUAAAAUGGGAAUAAGGAUCAUAAUAACUAUUGAUUAGUAUUGAUCAGAUAGUUUUAUUUAAAGCUGCCUUUGUUUCGUGUGUCGACGUCCGAAAUCGUUUACUGUUUUUUAUCGAAGGUCACCUGAUCGUUCAUCAGCUGAUGUGACAUCAUCACCUCUGACCUGUUAAUAUGUGAAUUCUUGUAAAAAAUAAAGAAAUGUAUAAUAUUGUAUAAGAAUUAAAAACAAUAAAAACUUCUAAAAACUU